ACCUGAAAUACCUUUCUCCUCUGAUCUGUGCCGUCUUCAUUAUCCUGAUCCCUCUCUGGGUUGCCAUCGCCAAGCAAAGUCCUUCCCUGGCAGAAGUCCUGAAGUCGGGAUGGCAGCCGGUCAUCGUUGCAAUGAGCAUCAGCAGCAUCGGUGGCCUGAUCCUGGACAAAACUGUAACUGACCCAAACUUUGAAGGCAUGGCAGUUUUCACACCUGUGAUUAAUGGCUAGGCACAUUCCAGAGGAAACCCCCAUUCCCAGGAAAGGCUUGGCCUCUUGCCACCCUCAAAGCACGGUGUCCUCUUGCAGUGUCAGAGGGUGUCAUCCAGCCGUGACCUUACUGGAUCUGCAUAAAACAGGGCACCUUGCUGAC